AUGAAGUACAAGAAUAAAAGUAAAGUUAAACAGCGGCUGCACCUCCUCUCUCUCAAAGUGCACCUCACCAACAUACGAGGAUUGCACUCAAAUCUCGUUGCAGUCCACCAUCACCUGGAGACUGAGAAGCCGCACUUACUUUUUCUUACGGAGACGCAAAUCGGUAGUCCAGCAGACGUAGCGUACCUGCAGUACCCUGGGUAUUCGCUUGAGUAUAACUCUAAAUCUCGCGCUGGCGUCUGUAUGUAUGCUCGUAAUGAUGUCUGCUGCCAGCGUCUGCGUAAUUUGGAAAUACCUAACCUUUCCAUCAUGUGGUGUUUAUUGGACACGGGUGUGGAGCAGAUUGUGUAUGCCUGUACCUAUCGGUCGCACAGCGGUGAUCGGGAGACAACUCGAAUGUUCGACUAUCUCAGUGAGACGGCUGAUGUGGUCCAACGUCGGUAUCCAGCUGCCCAAAUGGUAUUUCUGGGGGAUUUUAACGCUCACCACCAGGACUGGCUAUUCCCAUACCAAAAUACCGACCAUGCCGGGAGAGAGGCGCUCAAAUUUGCCCUGUCGCUAGAUCUCACCCAGCUGGUCCGAGAAGCAACUGGAGUACCCGACGUCGACGACCACACACCUAAUUGUUUGGACCUUCUGAUGACAACUGACCCAGACCGGUCUUCGGUAUCAAUUGCGGCUCCCCUAGGCACAUCUGAUCACUGUGUGGUAAAGUCAAUAUCUAACUUUCACCCCCUGGAUGCCAGUCCUACCGGAACCAGACGCGUGUGGCGAUAUAAGUCGGCAGAUUGGGACGAGAUGCGACACUUUUUCGCAUCGUACCCCUGGCGGAGUACUUGUUUUUCUUCGUGUGAUCCGUCGAGUUGCGAACAAGCAAUAUCGGGAGUGAUACGUCAGGCGAUGGAGUACUUCAUUCCAUUUGCUGACGUAUCGCUUGAUGUCAGGGUCCCUAAGUGGUACAAUGUAGAAUGUGCUGAAGCUGCAGCCCGUAAGGACUCAGCGUUUGCAGCAUGGGCUGAAGCCCGUACCCUUAAAUCUCCGGAAAUAACUUCAAAAAAAAAAAAAGCUUUCAACUCAGCUGCUAAGUCCUACAAAAAGGUUCUCAAAAGGGCUCGUUACGACCGCAUUAAUUGCAUUGGAGCCAAAUUAGCUUCCUAUCCGUGUGGAAGUAAAGCUUUUUGGUCGCUGUCUAAGUCGGUGGAAAUGAAUUUUUGCCGUCCCUCACUGCCUCCUCUGCUGAAGCCAGAUGGGUCGCUGGCCAUUACUGCGACAGAUAAGGCUAACCUUUUAGCAAACCUGUUUGCCGAAAAUUCGCACCUUGAUGCUGGUAGUGCCUCACCUCCUCGACAUCCACCUUCCAACUUCGCUAUGUCCGAUAUUUGCAUUCACCAAACGGUGGUUUUGAGAGCGCUCCGCAAUUUGGAUACGAAUAAGGCUAGUGGCCCUGACGGGAUACCAGCUAGAGUUCUCAAAACAUGUGCUCCUGAGUUGUCUCCGGUCCUAACGCGCUUGUACCGCCUCUCUCUAAAAUCAGCUCAGGUUCCUAAAGCUUGGAAGAUUGCCAAUGUACAACCUGUACCUAAAAAGGGUAGUCGUGCCGACCCGGCUAACUAUAGACCAAUCGCUAUCACCUCCAUACUAUGUAAAAGUUUGGAGCGCAUACUGAACGAUAAGCUCCUUGCAUAUCUCGAAUUGAAUGACCUCCUCCUACCAGAGUGUUGUUCAUGGUCCUUCGAGCCGGAUAGGCAAGGCGUGUUUUUGUGUUAUUGCUGCGUCAGUGGUACAGUAGUACCACCAGCUUCGUCACUACUGGCAGUGGAUUGCUGUCCAGAACAUCCCUACAGCGAGGUGCCACGUGCGGCGCCGAGGCAGUGGAGGAGCCGGGUGUCUACAACCCGGAGGAGAGACGGACGGGAAGCGGCAAGCAGCGGUGAGGUUGCGGAGUGCUAG